AUCUUUGUCUGAAGGGGAAGAGGAAAAAAAAAGAAAAAAAAGAAAAGGAAAGGAAAAACCCAUCUUCUCUCUCUCUCUCUCUCUCUCUCUCUCUCUCUCUCACAUCUUUGUUCUUCAGAAAUUCUCUCUUGGUUGUUCACCCCCCUUGUUUUCUCUUUGCUUUUCAUUAAAGGAACACCCUUUUAUUUACCCUUUUUCCACUUCGUUUCCUUCACCAAUUCCCCCCUUCUCAACACCAACUUCAUUUAAUUUCCUGUUUCUGGGAACCAUUCUUUUGUUCUUCAAUUUCUGGAUUAGGGUUUUUAGAUUUGUGAUUUUUGCUUACAUGGGGUUGGGCAACGACGACGAUGCGGUGGCUGAAGAUGGUGAUUAUGGCGAUGCUGGAUGUGCUGCCGGUGGUGGGAAGUCUUUUGGUUCUGUUCCUUGCUCGAUCUGUCUUGAUGUUGUUGCUGAUUCUGGGGAUAGAUCUUGGGCUAAGCUUCAAUGUGGCCAUCAGUUUCAUCUUGAUUGUAUUGGUUCAGCAUUCAACAUUAAGGGGGCAAUGCAAUGUCCCAAUUGCCGGAAGGUUGAAAAAGGUCAAUGGCUUUAUGCUAAUGGAUGUAGGUCAUUUCCAGAUUUUAAUAUGGAUGAUUGGACACACGAGGAAGAUCUUUAUGAUCUAAGUUACUCGGAAAUGGCCUUCGGAGUUCAAUGGUGUCCUUUUGGCAGCUUAGCUCGACUUCCUUCUUCAUUUGAGGACGGUGACUUUUCCUCAACUGCCUAUCAUGACCUUUUGGGACAACAUGCUAUUUUCGCGGAGCAUACAGCAGUAUCAUCUGCAACUCAUCCUUGCCCGUAUAUUGCUUACUUCGGACCUAUUCAUCCCUCAUCAUCAAGUUCAAGUGCUUCUGAAGCUUCUAAUUUCAGUGGUCAUUGGAAUGGCCCAUCAGUUCCCAGUGAAAUACCAUCUUCUUAUGCCUUUCCUGCAGUGGAUCUUCAUUAUCAAAAUUGGGAGCACCAUUCACCACCCUUUUCCACAACAAACAAUCGUGUUCCUGGUGCUGAUCAGCCAUCAGUGCCAUCCGUUGCCCAAAGACCUGCUACUAGGGUCGGUUCUGAGCUACCAAGAUCUGGGAGUGUAUUGCAUCCCUUCCUCGUUGGUCAUAGUUCCGGUGCAAGGGUUGGGAGCUCAGUUGCUUCCUCAAUGAUUCCUCCCUAUCCUGGCAGCAAUGCACGUGCUCGUGACCGAGUUCAAGCUCUUCAAGCAUAUUAUCAACAACAACCUAGCACAACUGGAACCAUUCGCACACCUGCAAUUUCUGGUGGCAGAAGAUCCAGUAACCACAGAGGGCUUUCACAAGCACCCAUGGCCUCAUCAUCUGAGCAACCCAGUGGCUUCUAUUUCUACUCUUCAGCAUCGGCCGGUCGUAGUUUCCAACCGGAAAACGCCAUGCCAAAUCGCUUUCAUGCAUGGGAAAGAGAACACUUGCCUUCUUUUGGGUUGAGUCAGAUCGAUAGAGAUCCAGGCUGGGGAGAGAUUCAUCAGGGUGCAAGUGUUUCUGAUCCAAACAUCAGGUCCAGCAGCUUUCGUCAAAGGCACGGUUCAGAGAGAACAUCGUCGCAAAACUGGUCAUAGACCACAUCCAUCAUUUACUUAUCGUUUUAUGGUGAAGAAAAAAACUAUCACUAUUGAUGACUCCGAAACUGAAAUUUAUGUAAUGAUUGAAAUGAUAUGUAAUGGCUGAGUCUUUGAUGUGUCGAUAGACUCUAAAUGCUGUGAGAGCAGCCGAUAAAAAAAAACGCUCGUUUCGGGCUGCCUGGUUAGUGUGAUGAUGGACUUUCUUGAGUUUAUCUGCCCCUGGAGAUCAUAGAAUAACCUUAUGAAUUGGAUGGGAAAGCUGAGAUUUGUAUGUCACAUACUUGUUCCAUCCAAUCCAUAUGAUGUUCGGACUUAUUUGAGAGCCUCCAGAGGGUCAGAUUAUUAAAUUUGGUAAAUGUAUUCUUGCAGUGAUAGUUGAAAAUACAGUGUUUAUUUGUAAACAAUGAAAUGUGUUGAUUUCAGUAAUGUUAUGAGCAGGGCCAGCCUAUGGUUUUGGAUUCAAAUUUA